AUGCCCCAGAAUUCGAGCGAGCGUCUCGCUGCUUACUUCCCCGCUGCGCCUAUCGGAAGCCUUGCGCCACCCCGCCGAUAUACCGACACCGACAUCGAAGAGAUAGCGGCCCUUCUCGAGGACCAUGAGAAGCAAUGGAGCAGUGUUCCUCGCACCUACAUCGUCCUCCGAACGAUUGGUCACCUGGACCUACUCAAUAAACUGAUCCAACUCGGCUUCACCGACCACUGCUUCCCCGUCAAGGCAUCGGUUCUGCCGCCUCGCCUGCAGCCGUCCGUGCGCAACGCCAUCGUGCAGGCCCAAUCCAUCAUCAUCACAAAGUCGCUGGACCUGGAAAAGGGAGAAUACGGAAAGCACUGGCAUUUUGCCAAGGGAGAGCCGCAGCCUUUCAAGGUGAUUGGCUUGCUGGGCGCCGGAGGCUACAGCCAUGUGCAUCGCAUCAGGAGCACCAUCAGCUUCAAGGAAUACGCACUGAAACGAGUCCGCCGCCGUCGAGCGUUCGGGAACAAUUCCAAGGAAUCCGUGCGCCAAUUCACCGCCGAGAUGAAGUUGCUCAAGUCUCUGAGUCACAGGCAUAUGGUGGAAUAUGUCGGAAGCUACACGGAUCCUUCAAACCUUGGCAUCUUAAUGGCUCCAGUUGCGGACAAAAACCUUGCUGAGUACCUCGAGACCGUCUCGGAUCAACCAGAGAAUCUACGAAAGAAUGAACUAGUCACACUUCGUAGCUUCUUCGGCUGCUUGGCAUCUGCACUACAGUAUUUGCAUGACAGAUCUAUCUGCCAUGGAGACAUCAAGCCAGAGAACGUGCUCGUUGACGGUGGUAAUGUUUUGUUCACCGAUUUCGGAUUUUCGAAGGAGAACACCGGCAGCACUACGUCUGGCAUCACAAAUACGACCCCGCGUUAUGCACCACUGGAGGUUCUUUCCGGAGAUCCCCGGAAUGCAUCGGCAGAUGUCUGGUCCUUGGGGUGCCUCUUUCUCGAGAUGGUUCUUGUGCUCAAAGAGAAAGACGUCUCUUUUCUGAAAGCGUACUUUCUCAGGAAUGGAUCUAAAGAGCCAUACGCAUCCAGGAAUCCCGAUGCUGUGGAGAAGCUGCUCAGGGAACUGAGGUUCCUCGGGAAUGGUUUCGACAACAUACUGCUGGACUUGAUGACCGAUAUGCUGAAAGAAGACCGUUUCUCUCGGCCAAAAGCUGCCGAAGCACUCGCGAUCUUAUCAACACCCUCUUUCGACGAUCCUGCGGUGCGAUUUUGCGGUCUGUGUUGCCUUGGAGAUGAGGUUUCUGAUUCGCACGAUAGCUUAUGCGAGGAUCUUUACAUGCCGGGGGAGAAAGAUCCCUUACCCACCUUCUCGCUCGAGGAAAACUUCAGGGAAGUUUCCGCCGACACGAUCCAAGCCGCGAGCGACAAUCCCCGGGUCUUGGAAAGUUUUGGGGGUCAACCAUUCGAAAACCAACAGCCGGAAAGCCAAUCACCUGAAAUUCGUCCACCGGAAAACGAACCAUCGGAAAGCCAACCCAGCGAAAGUCCACCGCUCGAAAUAAAUCUCUUUGAAAGCGAAUCCGUUGGGAAUCAGCUAUCAAAUAGUCACUCCCUCGAAAGCCAACCGCUUUCGGACGAGUCUUCCGACGGGGACCAAAUGGAAACAUCGGUUGAGAGAGGAGGGCCUAUUGAUGACAGUACCCUCCAAAUCCCAAGUGAUCACCAGGAGAGCCAUAUGGAGGACGAAUCAGGCCCGUCGGUUGAAGACAGCACAAAACCAGCAGAAGAGAUGUCCAUGGAACAACCUCGAGCAAGAUACUUUCAUGGAUCAGCUGAAAUCCCAGAUUCUGAUCAGAAGUCAGAUGUAGACAGAGCUGAGAUCAAGAACCGUGCUGACAAUGCAAAUUCAAUGCUCGAGAUUCCAGGAAACCUUGACAGGCCCACAGAAGAAUUCCAACCCGCGGAGAUGAAUGUCUCAUCUAUGAGGCUCUUACUGGAGCGUGAAGCCCUCGCUGUCUUUGGAGUUGCGACUGCUGUCAAUCUGAAACAGCAGUCAUAUAAGGCGGUGGGACAGCAAGGAAAAUUUAUCCAGCAGGAAGACUUUGGCAAACAAGACGUGGAUCAGCAGAACAACUUGAACCCACCGGACAGCGUGGGCCAACAGCACCAAGCAGAGCGGCAGGAUGAACUGGAACAGCAAAAGGAAAUAUAUCAGCAGUACAAACAGGAUCAACAGGAUGGUGCGAGCCAGCAAGGCGAGGUUGACCAGCAGGAAAUAUCGAAUCGGAACUUGUACAAGUUCUUGCCAUUCAACGUUUCUACGGGACCACCUUCCAUCACUGUGUCACAGGACGGGUCCUUACCAUCAGACUCUCCGAAAACAUCGCCAAGCUUCUCCAUACCACGCCUGUUCAAGUCAAAAAACAAUGAAAGCCGAAAACCCAAACUUUCCAAGCGCCUUACAACACUACUCCGUCGGCCCCUAUCUCGCAACAAAAACCCGGAAAGCUCUCAAAGUAGUAAGAGCUGUCUUGUUCAGAUUUGCCAAGAAAACAGAAAAGGCAUCUUCGGUGCCAGUCUCGAGGAUACCCUCAAACAUGCCGGGGUGGCAGUAGGAAUCUUUGACGAGAGCGAUGAAGCAUAUGUUUUUGGAUCAGUGCCUCUUGUAGUGGCGCAAUGUGGUGUGUUUCUGAAAGAAAAGGCCCUUGAUGUCAAAGAGAUAUUCACCAUGAACUCCGAUGAGAUGGUGAACUCAGAUCUAUGUCUGGAGUUCAACGCCUCCCCGCAUUACGGCAAAGACAUCGACUGGAGCAAGUAUACCGCGCAGGACGCGGCAAACAUGAUCAUAUACUAUCUCGAGUGGCUACCCGGGCCCGUGAUUCCCCCACAGCUGUACAACAGGUUCACGCAACUUGUUCGCGACGAGGAUUUUGUUGCAUCUUUCGCAGCGGGUAAAGCUUUGCCAAAUGCCGAGUUUUGGAUCAAGCACUACCAGCAACUGAUUCAAGAGCUGUCUCUCGCGAACGCGCGGCUGCUGCUCUAUCUUCUUGAUGUCCUGGCCGUGUUCACCAGCGACUCGGGCAUCAACCGCAUGAACUUUGAGCGGCUGGCAAAGCUGUUCACCGGGAGCCUUCUGAAGGGCUUGAAUCACGAGUUUAAUGACAGCAAAAGCUACCUUGUACUUGUUUUCCUUAUAGUGAACUCGAACAGGUUCCUCUUGAGCGGGUUUGUGGAGUCAAAUUGGCGAUACAAGGGCGAUUGA